CAUGGCCUUACUCUUUCCUCCUCCCUUGCAAAGGAAACUAAGAGCAGAAUAUGAUACAAUAGAAGAUGAAAAAGAAAGUUGGAAACUUUAGAGCAAUGAAUACAAGAAUUCUCAGCAGUCUUUUAUUUUUUCAACUCAGUUCUCUUUGUAUCUGUUCAGGUUCAAAUGCAACACCAAAAGAAUUCAUAGAGCAGAAGAAAAUGUUAUACCAAGUAGAGGAGAAAUUUGAGAAAUCUAACACAAUUUCUAGUAGCCAAAAAGAUAUAACAACCCCUAUAACAACAGUUCCAACAGGAAAUCCUACCACAUCCACUCCUGUCCUGAAUCCAACAAUCUCAAAUCCUGAUUCGACUCCCACUGGCCCGACUAAUUCAGUAAUGACACCAGCGAUAACCAAUUCUCCGGUGCCUUCAGGCGCGAGUUGGUGUAUUGCUAGCCGAGCAGCUUCGCAAAUUGCUCUGCAGGUUGCUUUAGACUAUGCUUGUGGCUAUGGUGGUGCUGAUUGCUCAGAAAUUCAGUCUGGUGGCAGCUGCUACAAACCAAACACUCUCCGAGAUCACGCUUCGUAUGCAUUCAACAACUACUACCAGAAAAAUCCAAUUCCAAAUAGCUGCAAUUUUGAUGGCACUGCUAUUACUACCAACACUGACCCCAGUAGUGGUUCAUGUCAAUAUCCAUCAACAAGCACAAAUGCAUCUAUUUUGAACAUAAGUAAUGCAAGUGGAGUAUUUGGCGCCGGACCAAUUACACCAUCUACCUCAUCAGCUGCCGCGACAAGUUGCUCUUUAAAUUAUCAUUUCUACAUCUUAGCUUACCUUGUGAUACUGCUAGCCUUAAUACUGAAGCUAAUUUCAUAAUAUUGGUUUAGUUGCUUUUAUUUUUUCUUUUCAAAAAGGGUCAAAACAAUGUCUCAAAGGCAAGAAUUGGAAAGUUUAAAUGAAAGGGCAAAACUCAAAAGGAAGAAAACAGAUUCAGUCAAAGUCCAGGCAAGAA